AUAACUUGAUUAGAUUUUCAACAUCUGCAUCCUCCAAAGUAUUUUCAUGUAUGUGAAACCAUUCACACAAACAAAAUUAUAGGAUAACCAAUCUUUGCUACCGGUUGCACUUCAUCAAUCUGAAGAAAUGAUUCAAGUUUUAUUUACAAUUGUGUUUGCCGAAAUGGUGUUGAUUCUGAGCCUUCUGUUUAGAAGCCCUUUGAGGCAGUUGGUGAUCAUGGGAUUGGAUUGUUCGAAGCAGGGACGAGGGCCAUUGGUGGCCAAGAGUGUGGGAGGAACCAUUCUCGUCUUCUUCAUCUCUACCAUAUACAGUGUGUUCAAUGUUCAUAAGAAACGCUCGACUGAGGCAGGCUUUAUUAAUCCAACUAAUGAGGUUCUUAUGGCACACCGCAUAUUGGAAGCAUCUCUUACAGGGUUUUCCCUAUUCUUGGCACUGAUGAUAGACAGGUUGCACUACUAUAUCAAAGAGCUCUAUCGACUUAGAAAAUACAAGCAAGAAGAACUGAAAAUGGAAUGCGAUGAGCAGAGUCAGAUCAGGAAAAGCAGCAUUCACAGUAGUGCACCAGCAGUGAUAAAAAAGACAUAA